AUGAGAAUGUCUUGUUUAUCAUUAAAUCCAAUUCAAAAAUCAGCAUUCUUUUUGAUGACUGAGGCUGGAGAAAGAUCUAUGGACCGAUACCCACUUAAACUCGGUUCGACAUUUGGCGAACGUAUAAAUCAAAUUUGCACCGAUGGAUCUCAUUCAUUGGUACAAUCCGAGAGUCUAGAGGUGUUGCGUGACCGUGUCGAUUCAUACGAUUCCGAUCACCCCAUCAUAUUCGUACUCAUUCACGUCACCACCACCGAUAUUGCCAAGGUUGUAGAAUUGAUCGAAGAGAUGAGAACCACCCGCAAAAUGGUCUCAUUCAUCUCUGUCUUUUUAGAUCCACAACGUCGUGCCAAUAAUCCUGGUUAUGCUAUCGAUCAUGCUACUCUCAUUAAAAAGGGUGCUUCCCAAGUUUCUGAUAGUUUAAAUGAUAUAUUAUAUACAGCUGGAGAAAUGAAGAAAUCAAUGUCAACCACCUCAAGAUAUGCUUGUCCAAUUUGUAAACCAGGAGGUAUUGCACAUCACUUGGACAAGACUGAAAUUAGAGACCAUAUAUUUUUAUUCCAUUCCUCCGAAGAUUUUGAAACUCUUGCCAAGAAAAUACCAAAAUGCCCAAUUUGUAAAUUACCAGUUCACAAGGUUGGACAACAUCUUCAUACAGAACAUCGAGAUGAGAAUAAGCCGAGUGAGAGUGAGUUGGCAUUGUCGACAGUAUUCCCAUUCUGCUUGGUGGUAUGUAGAAGAAAAAAGGACGGAAAGUUUUUGCUGGUCAAUGAGGUGGCCGGCCAAGGCUGGUGGUUGAGUGGUGGCCGUGUCAAUCUGGGCGAGACACUCCAACAGACGGCUAUUAGAGAGACCAAGGAGGAGGCAGGUAUCGAUAUUGAAAUCAAGGGUAUUCUAAGAUACGAGUACUCGCCCAACCCCAAGUACGCAAGAAUGCGUGUCAUCUUUUACGCUGAACCAGUCGAUGAUGACCAACUCCCCAAAUCAGUCCCAGACUACGAGUCGAUGGGCGCCGCCUAUGUAAGCGUCAGCGAAUUGGAUAGACUCCCACUUCGUGGAAAGGAACCAAAGAUUUGGAUCCAGUACUUGGCGCGUGGUGGACUCGUCUACCCUGCCCAACUCUUGGCACCGGAAAACUCGAGCAUCUCUAUCAAGGGCUCGCAAAAUGUACAUAGCGUAUCGACCGGUGGUACUGCCAGCAUGGGACACGACGACUCCUCUUACAAUGGUAUGUCUACAAACAAUCUUGUCGACUCGGCCGAACAAUCCAAGAAUUCUUCAAACUCUCCACAACAAUCUCCAAGAGGUUUUCAAAUCAAUGUUCCUAUCCGAUAA